GGUGGAUUUUCUCUUGUGUUCUCGACUGACGAGAGAUCAUUUUUAUUUUCUGUUAUUUUCACCAGUUUUUUUCCCUCAAUUUGUUGAUUUUUUAAAUACCAAGUUUCAGAUGAAGCUGGCCUUAGUGGUCGUACUGGCUGUUGCCUCUUGUGUUCAAGCUGCUGUUAAGGAUGCUAGACCCCACAGCAAUCGUCCUGGAAGAUUUCUCUCGUUGCCUGUUGCUCAAAAAUGCGCCAAUCGGCCGAAGGAGUUCAAUUACAAAGGACACAACUACUUCCUGAGCAGUCAUGUGCCCGUUCAUGCCAAUGCUAAAGUUGACUGGUUGGACGCCCGAAACAUCUGCAGAGAGUACUGCAUGGACCUCGUGUCCAUCGAGACACAGGAUGAGAAUAAUAUGAUCUUCAAGCUUAUUCAACAAAACGACGUGCCUUACAUCUGGACCUCAGGCCGUCUCUGCGAUUUCAAAGGCUGCGAAAAUCGUCGCGAUCUUGAGCCAAAGUCCCUCUACGGUUGGUUCUGGUCAGCUAAUCGUGAGAAGAUGGCGCCAACUAACCAGACCCCAGCCGGAUGGGGCUACAACCCCUGGUCUCAAACGGGACACAAAAAACAACGUCAACCCGACAAUGCCGAAUUCGAUAUCAAUGGCACCACCGAAUCUUGUCUAUCUGUACUCAAUAAUGUUUAUAAUGAUGGUAUCGCUUGGCACGAUGUUGCUUGUUAUCACGAGAAGCCAUUCGUCUGCGAAGACUCGCAGGAGUUACUCUCUUACAUUGCCAGCACCAAUCGUGGAAUUCGUUUGUAAUUUUUUCUGUGAAAAGUGCCAAGAAAAAUUAAUGGUCUUUCCUUUCGAAAACCAUUGCUUUUGAGAAAAUUGGUUUUUCAUUUGAAACAGAAUAAUUUCCACAUAAAUUUCAUAUAAAUUUUAUAGAUUAUACGAUAACUACAGAUGACUAUUUUUAAAUAAAUUAAUCACAAUUUUUGAUAUCUUAAGCGUUAUUAAAAGUUGAAAAGAA